CGCAGUGGAGCCGGAGCGCUAUCCGUGGUGCGGAAGCGUGAGUGUCAUUCACCUCUCCAUCCAAACACCUUCAUCUCCUGAAGAAUGCAAAGAAGUCUUCUGUAUAAAGUCUGCAUACGGAGCAGAAGAACACGCUGAUUUGUGUCUGUUUCAGGUGUGAUCGGGGAAUGACGCGACUGAUCACCGAACAGCAGAACACCGCGAUCAGCUGAGCAGGUGGCGUGCUGAUGGACGUGUCGGGCGGGUCUCUGUGUAACGGCGUGUCGGAGCAGCGCUCGGUGUUCCUGGUGUCCGAGUCACACGGUCAGCAGGUGGUCAGCGUUCUUCAGGGUUUCAGAGAGAGAGGAGUUCUGUUCGACUUCAGCAUCCGUGUGCAGGAUGAGACGCUGCCGUGUCACCGCUGUGUUCUCGCCGCAAGCAGCGACUUCUUCAGGGCGAUGUUUGAGCUGGACAUGCGGGAGCGUGAUGACGGCACCGUGACGCUCAGUAACCUCUCGCCGCAGGCCGUCCACACCUUCCUGGAUUUUGCGUAUUCUGGUGAAAUAGAAAUCAGAGAAGACAAUGUGGACAUGCUGUUCCAACUGGCCUCUUUCCUGCAGGUGGGUUUCCUCUCUCGCGCUUGCAGUGAUUUCCUGGUCCAAACCCUUGAUGUCUCCAAUUGCCUGCCGCUGUUAGCGCUCGCCGAGGGUUACGGCUCCUCACGCCUCCUGCGUCGCGCCACCGAGUUCGUCACGCAAAACUUCCACGCGCUUUCCUCCAGUCCGGACUUCUUGGAGAUGCCAGUCCGCGUCUUGGAGCGCUGCCUGUCCUCGGACGCGCUUAACGUCCCGGACGAAGAAAGCGUCCUGCACGCGCUCCUCCGCUGGACGCGACACCAUCCGCAGACGCGCGAGAGCCUGCUGCGUGAGCUCCUUCCGCGGGUCCGUCUGCAUCAUCUGCGCCCGGCUGCGCUGGAAGAGGCCGAGCAGCUGCUGAGCGCAGACGGACGCUGCAUUAGCAUGAUUAAAGAAGCGCUCGUGCGCGUUCAGCGCUUCAGCGGCAUGUUUUGCGACGCGCGGCCGUCGACGAUAUCCAGCUAUAUUUUCGUGCACAAAACGGAGGAUAACGGAGAGAAUAGCCAUGCGUUCUGCUACAACGUUGGCGCGGACCGUUGGACGGAGCUCCCGCACGACGCCACGCAGAUUCUAGACCUGCCCGGAUCGGCGCUCACCAGUUUCGGAGAAAAACUCUUCAUCAUCGGCGGAUGCCGCGGCGAUUGUCAUCGCACCAUUCGCCUGCACAUCGCCUCGCCUGAGCACGACGCGACGGAUGAGGUGUGGUGCUACUGUCCCGUCGCGCGUAGCUUCACGCCAGCUCUGCGCAUGCGCCACCCGCGGACCAUGCACGCAUCCGUCGCCGCUCUGAAUCGCAUUUACGUAAUCGGUGGGAAAACACACGGCGCUUGUAGCGUUCUGGACGUUGAAUACUUUGAUCCUCUGAGCCGCGUUUGGACGUCCGUCAGCGCUCUUCCCAGAGGAAUCUACUUUCCGGAAGCGAGCGCGUGCGGAAGCGUCAUUUACACCCUCGGAUCCGAAGUAGAAAUCACCGAAGCUUUCAAUCCGUCCCUCGACUGUUUUUUCCGCUACGACGCCGUUGCGGAUCAGUGGUGCCAACUAGUGGCAGAGUUCGGCCAGUUCUUCCACGCCACGCUCGUCAAAUCCGUGUCCAUUAACAACACGCUGUAUCUGUGCGAUCUCUCCACGUAUAAAGUCUACAGCUUCUGUCCGGACACCUGCGUGUGGAAGGGCGAAGGCUCGUUCGAGUGCGCCGGAUUCAACGCGGGCGCCAUCGGCGUGCGGGACAAGAUCUACAUCCUGGGCGGCGAUUAUUCGCCCGAUGAGAUCACGGAUGAGGUGCAGGUGUACGACAGCGGACGGUCCGAAUGGCAGGAGGUUUCGCCGAUGCCGCGAGCGCUGACUGAGUUUCACUGUCAGGUGCUGAGCUUCAACAGAUACAGAGACCCCUGGAGGAGAGGAACCGCCGAAACGCCCUAAACUACAGCUUUAUCAGCUCAAUCAAGGCUACAGUGUACUAAUUUGUUCCUUAAUUUUAAAAAUGAGGUAGCAAAUAGUAAAUUGUAGCCAUGAUUUAAAACAGUAGUUCAUGCAAAAAUGAAAAGUUGCUGAAAAUGUGCUCACUCUCAAAUCAGAUUUGUAGAAAUGUGUCAUUCCAUCACUGUCUCACCAAUGGAUCCUAUGCAGUGAAUGGGUGCCGUCAGAGUCCAAACAGCUGAUAAAAACAUCACAAUAAUCCACAAGUAAUCCACACCACUGCCAGCAGGUGGCGCUGUGAUUAUAACUGAAUAUUAGCCUUUAGAUGUGUUCAGUCCAGGAUUCUUAUACCAAACAUGUGAAGUUUGUGGCAGAUCAGACAUUGUAUGACUGAGUUGUAACAACUUCCUUUUACAUGGUAAAACAUCAAACUUUUUCAGGCCACCACAGACGAAAACUCUAGAUCUUCACAAUUUAACAUUGCAAAGGCCUUUAGAUUAGUCUGACCAAAUAUAUUGUUGAUAUCAUUAAAUCCAGAUAGGGAGUUAGUUAGACUGUUACAAAUGGAACUUCCUGUUGCCAGCAGGUGGCGCUAUGACUAUAAAUGAAUAUGGUCAUGGGUAUGUGUUCAGGACAGGACUCUUAUCAAACAUGUGAAUUUUGGUGCGGAUCAGACAUCGUAUGCUUGAAUUAUAACAACUUCCUCUUUUAUGGCGAAACAUCAAAGUGAAUGGGUGCCGUCAGAAUGAGAGUCCAAACGGCUGAUAAAAAACAUCACAAUAAUCCACAAGUAAUCCACACCACUCCAGUCCAUCAGUUCACAUCUUGAGAAGACAAAAGCUGAAACAAAUCCAUCAUUAAGAUGUUUUUAACUAAAAUACAAGUCUAUAAUCCAUGAGUCCAAAAUCCAGCCACAUAUUUGUUUAGAGCUGUUUUGGCUUGUAAACGGUGCUUGAUGUGUGCAGAUUUCUCUCCUGAUUCAGACCAGACCACUUUUCACUAGAGGAAGCGUUAUGAUGGAUUAUGGACUUUGAUUUUAGCUGGAAGCAACAGUUUGAAGUCAAAAAUGUCUUCUCAGAUAACAAAUUUAGGUUGGUUUAAAAUGUUUCUAAAAUGCUGAAAUGUCCAGUUUUCUUUUUAAUUUUUAUUUUUGGUGUUUUCCCCUUUUAUUAUGAUAGGAAAGUGGAGAGCAGACAGGAAGUGAAGUGGGACAGAAAGAGGGGGCGGGAUCGGGAAAGGUCCUUGAGCUGGGAUUCGAACUCGGGACGCCCAAAUUGCAACGACACUCUAUGUCGGCUAUUGGCACUGAGAUAUGUUUUUAUGAUUAUAGUAUUAUUUAAUGGUUAAAAAAAUGUUUCUUACAACUUCAUUUUCAAUCAAAAUAUAACAUUAUUUCAACGUUUAUUUUUACUAUUUCAAGAGCAUUAAAAUGUCCAGAUUAGAACAUUUUGUAACAGUUACAAAACCGUUCUUAGAACGUUAAUGAGAUACAAGCAGUGUUGAAAGGGCGCUCGCACCCGCGCUCAACGCCACCUGGUGGCUUUAGGAAAACAGAGAACGGUGAGCAAUAUGCAUUUAAAGUGGUAAAUAUAGAAAGAAUAUGUCAAAGUCAUUUACAUGUGCCAAACUUCUAUAACUAUAACUGAAUAUUGGCAUGUAGAUGUCUUCAAGCCAGGACUCUGAUUAAACAUGAAGUUUGGUGCAGUUAGUGUAAAACAUCACAUAUUUAUUUAAAUACCAUGUCUGAAAAUGGCAAAAGCCACACAAAACUUGCAGAGAAAAUUCAAAAUGACAGUCUUCCUGUUGGGUUUCGGACAACAUACCAGGGCAUUUUUUUGUAGGUACUGGUGUGUUACAUGUGUGUACCGAAUUUCAUACAUGUACAUGAAAUGUAGCUCAAGGGGCACUUUGUUGAAAUUUUAUAGGUGGCACUAUUGAGCCAUGUUGCCACACCCAUUCCUGAAACCCAUAUCUGAUUAAAAUUUUCACCACUUUUCAAGCAUUCUUUUUCGAGAAGAAGAAGAAGCACCAGCGGUGCUUGGGCCCUAAUUAUAAGGACUUUUUAAGAAUGUUUUCUGUAACCGUUAUCAGAAUACUUAAGUCAAAUCAAAUAAUCAAAUGAUACAAUGGAUGUUUUGUCUUAACAUUUUAAUACAAAAUACCUUUUAAGAAAUGUUACUAAAAGUUCUGAAAAUAAUAAUGGAUUUGUUUCAGCUUUUGUCUUCUCAAGAUGUGAACUGAUGGACUGGAGUGGUGUGGGUUACUUGUGGAUUAUUGUGAUGUUUUUAUCAGACAAUCAUUCUGACGGCACCCAUUCACAUGCAUUAGUGAGACAGUGGUGGAAUGACACAUUUCUACAAAUCUGAACAAAUAAACUUGUCUACAUCUGGGAUGGCCUGAGGGUGAGCACAUUUUCAGCGAAAUUUUCAUUUUUAGCUGAAGUAUUUCUUUGACUGAUCCUCAUGUUUGUCCAAACACAUUUGCUGUUAAAAGUAGAAAAUCUGAUAAAUGUUCUUCAGCGCUGUCCACCGUUCAUAACAGUCACAUCUGUCAAGCUCCAGAAAUGUCAAAAAAGCAUCAGAAGUCAUUUUCUGAUUUGUGCACUAUAUUGAAAAAUGUAUUAAUGGCUUGAUGUGAGGAAAAAAAAAAAAGCUAAAGCAAAAUUUGCACACAAAAAAGAGUAAUCUAAGACAUUAUAUAUAUACUGAAGUGCAGAGAGCAUUUAAUGGAAUUCAGUUCUGAUGAACUUCUAAACUUUGUGGUCCUGUUGCAGAAGUUUGAAGUUCAUUUUUAGGAGUGUAUUUCUGUAUCUUAAUGUGAAUGGAUGAUUCUAGAAAUGCAUGCCGUAACACAAACACACAGUUGCAUUGCCAAAGAGUUCUUUAUUUAAACAAAUAAAACACUGUCUUCACUCAGCUCA